GGCAUCAUGGGAUAUCAAAGUCCUCCCGGCGGCGCGGCGCCGCCAUGUCUUCAAGAGAGAAGCGGUUAAUAGCGCUUAUCUCUCUCGUGUUCUGUGCUACCGCAAUAUUCUCUCUAGUUCUCUAUUAUAUUCCAACAUUGCUUUACAUAGCUUUCAUUCUUGGAGUUUGUUGCGUCGCCUGUUAUUAUCACAGCGGAGAAUCUCUCUACGUUAGGUUAGGCCCUCAUCCACGCCGUGGUCUGACAAUUCCACCCGUGCUGCGACGCUGGUUGCCAGGGAUUGCAAACGGAGUACCCACAGCGGGAAGAGUUAGAAGUCGCACCGCCAAGGAUUAUGUUCGGGAAUCAGUAGUAUUUACUGACCAACGACGUUUCGAGAGCGCUAUUUGUCGGAAAGACGCUGGACACAGUGACUCAUUUCUUCUCAGUCCUCGGGAUAUACUCAUGGGAAGUUACAUUGGGAAGGCAGAAAGUCCUCCCUCAGUUGUGGGGAGGCCGCGAGCGGGUGCAAGUUCGGGUGCUAACCCCAACGCACGAGAACAACUAACUUUACGCGAAAGAUUGGCUCGACCCAACCAGGCUGUCAUUACUCCAAACAGAGGACUGUCAAUCGGGGGGGAGCCCCUUGGCACUAUGGGCAGGUUCACCAUCACUCCCCUGCGCCACUACCCCCUCCAGCAGACGGGCACCUCCUCUGUGGGCAUCCUGCCCCCAACCCAGUGGGACGGCUUCAGAAAGAAGAAUAUUCUCACCCCUCGCAACUCUCCGGCAGUCCACAGUCCAGUCACAGUGAAGAUCGCUAGGCCAGAUCACAACACCACUCGAUCCCAGUUAUUUGAUCAUUUGAACUCCCCGGGAGUCCUUGGCUCUCCAGGCCUGGGGGCCCCUGCAGACCCCUGCUCCAGGGAGACUGUUCUGAGCGUGCUCAAAGAGAGUCGCAAAAGAGUGGUGGAAGAUGACAGGAGCUUCACUGCAGGGCAAAAGAGCAAAAGGAGGCGCCAUGACAGCAGUGGGAGUGCUCACUUGGCAUUUGAGCCACUACUGCCCAAUGGAGCUCCAUCACAGCUGGUGCUGAAUUCUCUGAAGCGAGGGCUGACUGCUAUGGUGGAGGAGUCAACAAUGAAGAGAUCACGCACCUCCUCCAUCAGCUCUGUGAGCUGUGGCCUGACCCCCAGCGGCACCCUGGGCUCGGUCCGCAACUCCAUCCGCAGCUCCCUAAGCUCGUCACAAGGCGUUACUCAGUGGAAAAAAGCCUCUACCCGCAGUCUCUCCCCGCUCUCCAGCCCUGGGUCGUCCCGGUCCCAGACCCCAGAGAGAGCCUCUAAAAAGCCCAGGGAAGAGGACGCUCGCUCACCCAGCUCUGUGUCCUUGGAGAGGUCUGACAAGACGUUGACAGACCCAGCACCAACCACUGGGAAGCUGGCUCCGGCCCCUGAAGUCCCUGUGGCUUCAGCCUCGUCAGGCUCUGCCGGUAGUGGGAAACGGAAACGUAAGAUUCCGCUGGUGUCCAGCCGUAGAGGAGACCUAAUCUCUUUGCCUCCACCUCCUGAGUUGGGCUACACCAUCACGGUGAAAGACCUGGAUCAGGAGAAGAAAGCUGCUCUCAGCCAGAUCAACACAGUCCUCAAAGAGCCCGAGCCAGAGAAGCCUGCUCCAGUAGUGACCACAUCUUCUAAGCCUCCUGUGUCAGGCAACCCCACACCCACCCUGCAGGCCAGCCAUCUUACCGUAUCAAUGCCUGCUAGUGUGGCGGCUCCUAUCCCCGUCAUCAACCUGGACCCCGUCCCCUCAAGCACUGUCACCAUGGCCCCAACCUCCACAGCCUCCCCCGUCACCAACCCCCUCCUGGAGUCUCUGAAAAUGAUGAGGAACAACCCCCUCACCAGUGCUGCUGCUGACAAUACUACAGCAGUGACACCCCCUGCACCACUGGUGCCUGCAGAGCAGAAGUCGAAGACCAGCUUGUCUGCUCCCCAGCCUGCACUACCCUCCCUCUCCCAGCCUGCACUACCCUCCCUCUCCCAGCCUGCACUACCCUCCCUCUCCCAGCCUGCACUACCCUCCCUCUCCCAGCCUGCACUACCCUCCCUCUCCCAGCCUGCACUACCCUCCCUCUCCCAGCCUGCACUACCCUCCCUCUCCCAGCCUGCACUACCCUCCCUCUCCCAGCCUGCACUACCCUCCCUCUCCCAGCCUGCACUACCCUCCCUCUCCCAGCCUGCCAGCACCAUGCCCUCUGCCUUCACCCAGGCGCUGAGCCAAGUCACCAAGGCCCCCAGCAGUGUCCCCAUCCUGGGUGGAGCAAGCCUGUUUGGAAUGGCCAAUCCACUGACUGCCCCGUCCUCCUCACCGGCCCCCACCACAACCACAACCGCCACCACAGAAACAACCAGUAGUAAUAAUCCCCUCCUGGCCUCGGUGUUCAAGCCCAUCUUCGGGGCCACGGCCCCAGCCUCAGAGGGCACACCUGCUCUUCCCACCUUUAAACCCAUAUUUGGAAGUGCCACAGCCACCAGUGCUUUCGGACAGCCAGCCUCCACCUCAGCCCCCUCCAAUGCCAGUGCAUCUGCCACAGUGUUCAGCAGGCUAACCAACAGUAGUACAGUGGCCCCAGCCGCCUCCCUGUUCACUGGGCUGUCUAAUAGCACCGCCCCCUCCACCAACCCAGCCGCCCCGCCAUCUGUCAAGUCUCUGUUUGGAAACUGGAGUGCGCUGCCUGCAACGACUGCUGCCACAACCACUGCCCCUGCCACAGGAAGUACCUUCCAGUUCGGCACCGCCUCCACCACAGCUCCUGGACCCACCCUCAGCUCCACCACAGCCGCCACCACUAGCAACAGCGGCUUUUCGUUUGGUGCGAUGACCACCACCUCUGGCGCCACUCAACCUGCCCCCUCAGCCACCGCCCAGGGGGGAUUCACCUUUGGCCAGCCUGUAGCCACCCAGAACUCUACCACCGCAUCCUUCGGUGGCUUUGGCAUGGCCACUGCAGCCGCAGCCACUGCUACUGCUUCUGCACCUGCAAACCAGUCCACUUUCACGUUUGGGAAGUCGUCGUUCGAAGCUCCGGCGGCAUCGGCGUUCCCCAGUGCGAUUCAGGCCCCGGCUGCUACUGCGGCAGCUAAUCCUUUCACAUUUGGGUCACCUGCCACUGGGGCCACCCCUGCUCCUUUUGCUUUUGGCGCGGCUGCCACUACGGCGGCCUCUACCUUUGGGACCACCACUAAGCUGGCAUUUGGAGCAAACUCCACAGGUUUUGCAUUUGGCAACACCACGGGCACCCCAGCAGCCCCGGCCUUUGGCUCUGCCACCCAGACUGUCGGCAUACUCCCAGCCUCCGCCCCAACUUUCUCGUUUGGUGGUGUGUCCACACAGCAGGCCCCUGCUACCCCUGCCCAGCCAGCCACUGGAGGAUUCAACUUCGGCGCAGCCAUUUCAGGCACUCAGUUUGGAACCUCUAACCCCACAACACAGACGCCAGGCUUCAACUUUGGGAUGGCUACCCCUGCUUUUGGCCAGAGCACAGCUGCAGGUCCUGUCCCCUUUGGAAGCCCAGGAACUCCAGUCCAAGGAUUCAGUGCUAUGGGAUCCUCAUCAUUCGGCUCUCCAUCAGCUCCUUCGUUCUCCAUCGGCGCUGGCUCCAAAACAUCAGGGGCACGCCAGAGGCUACAGGCCCGAAGGCAGCACCCCAGGAAGAAGUAGCCUAACCAGGUGUGGUAGCAUCUGGCAUAGCCUGGAAGCCCUUACCCAUUCAGCACUGCCAUGACAUCCUCCAGAGGAGCUGAACUGAUACUUCCAUUGCUAACACAUUGUAACCCCAGUCAGACCAACAGCCCUCCCUAGCCUUCUGUUCCCCUGGCCGGGCUGGCCCCCUUUGUGGUACAGGGUUAGCAGAGGAGCACACACUCCUACUAGGCUGUCUACCGCUCUACUGACAGUGUAGCCACUCUCACAGUGACGAAAAGAAAGGGGGAUAUGAGGCAAAACGAUAGUCUGUUAAACUUGAAAGAGAAAAGACUUUGAGGGAAGCAUAUCCAAUUAAAACAACUUUCUGUCCCGGCUUUAGGAUUUCCCCUACUACGCCUGUUUCAUGACACAUUUUUGACAGUCGAAUCGAGACGCGUGCUUACACUUGUUAAUGUAUGAAAUUCUAAGCAGGGCUGUGUUAAUGGCUAUAGAAGAGCUGAACGUGUUUUUCUGACAUGUGCCCAUGGUCAAGAUGGGGCUCACAUACAGUAUGAUCUGUGUGGAUUUAUCCAGCUGUACAUGGUAACCAUACUAUAUAGGAGAUGUUGACAGUUUAGAGAUAAUGAAUUGUUUAUUUUACAUUUGAAAGACAUUUUUUAUUUGGGUUAAUUUAGACGUAUGUGGCAUCUCUGCACUAGUUAGGCCUUAGCUGUUUUGAAUGAGUGCUUGGUGUAUUGGUCCCAGAUAUGCCCUUUUUAUUAUUGUACAGUAUCACAGACACUGGGAAGCAUUCCUGCAAUGUAGUUUUUAUACUUGUUUGAUCCUGAAUGACAGAAUAAGGUGAACAAUAAAAUCCUUUAUCAGAAUGCCAUCAUGGGAUCAGUUAAACAUAACACAUGUAUACAUAAUGUGGAGUCCCAGGGUAGUAGUCAUUAAUGGGUCACCAUUGUGUUGGUGUAAAUAGGUUACCCUGGACUUGUGCUGAAAACCAAAGCCAAUACUUAAGGUUUGACCUACAAAAUAAUCUCUUCUACCACUUAGACCUUUCAUGGGUCCUUUUUGUACUAGACUAUCUCUCCUUUUCCCCACUACUCCUGCUCUCACCAUAAUGAUGGGAGGUGGGGGCAUUCAAAACAGAUCUGGGGACUGGUUGAGAAUCUUAACAAAUCCUUCCUUUUUUUCCUUGAAGUAACUUCUGAGCAUUGUAUUACAUUGGCUGGGUAAAAGCAAGCUACUGUACUUUCCUCCUAACCUAGGUAUUACUACAAGGAAGUAAGGAUGCAUUUUAAACGCGGUUAUUAAGAGCAGGUGUGUGCUAUGGGAGGGAUGGGUAACGUGGUCCUGGAGAGCCAUAGGGGAUGGAGUCUUCCCCAGCACUGAACACAGAUUCAACUAGUCACAGUCUUGAUUGAUGAAGACCCUGCUUGAUCAGUGAAAGCCAGUGUUGUAAGUGUUCCUCACAAUGACAUGGCACAGAACAAUUUCUAUCUUCAAUGCCAGCCCCACUUUCAUCUGACUGGCAAUGAUAGAAACUACAAACAUCUGGGCACUGUACCACAAGACCCCUGCAUCUGUAUACUAUCAAGACAAAGACGAGUGCAUUUAUAAGAGAAUUGAAUUUGGAGUUUACAUGCUCCCCUCUUAAGGGUUGCAGAUAGACAUACUUUACGUGCGCCUUCAGCAGUCAAACCGCUUUCCCCUCCCCUGUAUGAUUCCCCUCAAGUCUUUUCUGGUGAUUUUAGCUUGUUACUAUUUUUGCCUCGGUGAGUCUGGCUUGGAGGAAGUAAUGUGGUGAAUGGCGGCAUAUUGCUAGUGCCGGACGUGGUUUUACCCGCAUGCUCAAUGGGUGAGGUUCUGAGUUUUGUUGGGACUGUAACAGUUUAUUGAUGAAUGUGUUUGAGUGUGACAGUACAACUGGAUUCACUAAUGUGCACAGCAGGAGAGGUGUUCUUUUCAUUAAUGCUGGAUCAAAACUCAGGACUAAAGGAACUGGAGGGGAAUUGUCUUUCAAGUCAAACCUAACCUCUUUGUGCGCUAACCAUGACUAACCAUGUAGGUUACAAAAAUUACCUCGGGUGUUGAAUCGGUUCUUAAUUGGUCCGCCCCUCUUGAGACAGAACUAGGAUUUUUGAAUACUAAUUUUUAAUCGGAACCUCUCCUGGUCGAGCCAAUUAGGCUAGUUAUUGUGAGGGGUGUAUGAGUGUGUGUGGGGGGCAUGAUUUGGCUAAAUAGUGUCAAAGUACACAAACUUUAUUUUUGUAUUAAGGCAGGUUGCCUUUUAGAAUUCCUUCAAGCUUGGCUCACUGAGACAAUUGGUCUAGUUUAUAGAAUUUUUCUAGUUCGUUAAGGUUUCCUCAACCGUAAUGAAAUUGUGGAAUAAAAGCGUCUAAAAGUUUCCCUUUGUAAGAGCUCCACUUUUUUAUAGGAGGGCAUACUGGGUCUGCUACUGUAUGGGUACUGUAAAGGAAUGCUGUCUGUCUGAUCAUUGUGUAUAGUACAAGCCUGACAAAUGUGAAUUGUGUUGCUUUAGACUUGAAUGAGACUUGUGGCUUUGUGUGUUACUGUGUGAGGUGUGUGUGUAUAGAAAGACUGACUUAAAUGUGAGUUUAUUUUUGAUGGGACUAAAGUCCCCUGUUCAUUCUUUUAAAUUAUAUUUUAAAAUGCAUCAUUCCAAGAUGUAACUAUGUAUGAUACCCAUGUUAUACUUAAAUCCCUUUAACAAUUGAUAGCACCCCACCUCAGUUAUCAGGAAGUGAAGUGAGAUCAAUGAAGUCUGCCCUGUGGUCAUUUUUGACUGAUAGCUUUUGAAAGAAGGCUGUUUUGUUUUGCUCAGUUAACUACUUGUUUUUACAUCUUGUGAUAUCUGCUUAUGACAGAUGGGUGGACAAUGUGCUGAAGGUCAACUCAAACCAUAUUUAAUGUCCUGGCCACCUUGUUUGUUCCCAUAGACAGGACUUUAUCAUUGUCUUAGCUUGUUGGUCCAUAUCUUGCGUAUGCAGAAUUUGUAAAGCACAAAACAUUGAAUGUAGUAUAUUUAACCACACUGUCACAUUUUUGGGUUCAUAAUCCAUUCACACUUUUGUGCUUUACCCAUUUGUAAAUUGAACAGUCAUUUACCCUUGUGCAGAGCUGUGUAAAUAAGUCAUGAUUAACAUUUGGACCUAUGGCUGUACAUAACUAUGGAUUUAAUCAAGGGCCAAAGCUUUUCCUUGUGUUUUUAUUUUGUUGAAGCUUCAAAUGACAAUGUUGACUUUAAAACAUGUAAAGUGUUAGAGGUAUAUUACUGUGAAUGGGAACGCAAACAUCUGCUCACAAUGGGCAAUUCGAGAGAAGUGAAUGUGCAGACAUGGGCAGCGUAUUAUAACAUUCUCCCCUCUGCUCAUGUCUUAGAUGUACUGGUUUUAAAUAAAAUAUGAUAAAGAUAUCUUA